AUGUUGGUUAAAGACCCUAAAAAGGAAUUUUACGAUAAGAUUCAGCAUCAGAGAGUUCUUAUCUUGGUAACAUUCGAUGUGGAUGCAUUGUGUGCUUGCAACAUUCUACAGUAUUUAUUCCAAUGUGAUCAAGUUCUUUACACAGUUGUUCCUGUCACAGGCAAACAAGACUUAGAGAAUUCAUUUCUAGAAAACUCUGAAGGGAUCAAGCACAUUUUGAUGCUAAACUGUGGAGCAACAAUUGACAUAAUUGAACUUCUCCAACCCGAUGAUGAUGUCUGCUUUUACAUAUGUGAUAGUCACCGUCCAGUGGAUGUUCACAAUGUAUACAAUGGUGUCCAAGUCAAGCUUUUAAUGAAAGAUGAAGAAAUGAGAGACAUCCCAGAUUAUGAUGAUGUUUUUAGAGAUGAUGAAGAUGAUGAGUCAGAUGCAGAAAGUAACGAUGAAGGUGAGCAACUUUCUAAGAGGAAACGCUACAGCGAUGAAUACAUUCUUAAAAGGCGUGAAAGACGACAGUGGGAAGAGAAUAGGAACAAAACAUUAUUUGAAUAUACACAAUUCUCUUCAUUUGGAUCUUCAGCUGCCUUGUUGAUGUUUGAAAUAGCAUGGCGUAUGUCAAAGGAUACAAAUGAUUUAGUUUGGCUGGGUAUUAUUGGAGUGACUGACCAAUUAGUACACUAUCGGAUAUCAAGAGAGAAAUACAUUGAAGAUGUCAUGACCCUCCAGUCUCAUGUUUCCAGACACAACUUCAAAGAAGGUCCUGAGAACAACCAGCCAAUUAACAGCUUGAAAAUCUCGUUUGAAGAUGAAUUACAGUUGACCUUGUAUCGUCAUUGGUCAUUGUUUGAAAGCAUUUGCAAAUCAGUGACAACUGCCUGCAAAUUCAAAGUGUGGUCAAUGAAGGGCCGUAAGCGUUUACACGAGUUCCUUGCAGAAAUGGGGUUACCACUUAUCCAGUGUCAACAGAAAUACUCUGCAAUGGAGCCAAGUCUACGGAAUAAUGUCAAAGAGCUUAUACAGAAACACAUUGAAAAAUAUGGAUUUGCUCCUGAGGAUAUUGUAAUUCCUUCUUUUAAUGCACAAUAUGGUUACCGAAACAAAUUGUGUGCCUCUGAUGUCGUGUUGGCCUGUUGUGCACUUCUGGAAUCGCCACAAGAAAAAAGCCAAAAUGCCACAGACAGUUUUUUCCAAGCAAUGGACAUACUAAACAGGAAAAACACAAAGGAGAUGGAAGAAGCACUAAAUAUGGCAAAGAAACAAAUCGGUGCCUUGGCGAGCCAAGUGCAAACAUUUUUAGACAUGCAACAGGUCAUGUCUGCUGGGCCUUUCCUUUAUGCUUUUGUGCAAGAGGGAACUUUGGAAGCAAAAUGCUUGAGCAAACCCCAGUGUUUACAACGCUUAGCAAGAUUUACAUUAGAAGCCUACAGUGCUGAACGGCGAAGUAAGAAAACACAGUACCUUCCUUUGGUCCUUGGAGUCCCAUUAGACGCAGAGCAGCAGACAUCUUUGGUCAUUGGUAUUCCUCCACUUAACUUGGAUGAUGAACGAAAAAACUUUUUUGGCAAAGCGUUCGAGCAAGCAGCUGUUACAACAAAUUCCAGGACAUUGCAUAAUUAUUUUGAUAACUACAUUCUGCAAAUGAACACAGAAGACCGAGGAAAAUUCUUUGAUGCGUUAAUAAAUCUUCUGCAAGUCUCUCUCUCUCUCUCUCUCUCUCUCUCUCUCUCUCUCUCUGCAUUUAUUUGUGCAAGCCCCUAG